AUGCCAGGGUCAGCUUCAGAGAUUCAAAGUCGAAAGAGGCUGUGUAUCACUUUAUGGGACAAGGAGACUCUAGAGAGAAAUAUGACCACAGAAGACCAAUGCAAGACUGAGGCUGACAUCAUCACCUCUGACUCCAUGGAGGAAAAGACCAAUGCCAUGAACAUUACCGGAGAGCUGAAACCAGAGGUCUUCAAAGUGAAUGAGCCUAGUACAGAAUAUCUGUUCAGGUUUACUAAGGUUUAUGAGCCAGGUUUUAGUGAGAGCAGUGAUGUGAGCAUUGCUGUCAGGACACAUCCCCCAAUCUGCCCUCCUGCGAAGCCAAAAGUUGAGGUGGUGGGACCUCGGUUUGUCAAGCUUUCCUGGAUACCCCCACAUCUUGUUGGGAUACAAGUCAAAAUCAAAGAAUACAGAAUAGAAUACACAGAGGAGACUGAGGCUGUGGGUGAGGAGGGAAAAACAGAAUGGCAUGAACACAAAACAGGAAAUAAUGAGACAAACUGUGACAUUGAUGGGCUGACACCAGAGACUGUGUACAGGUUCCAAAUUUCUGCUAUGUAUGAUGGUGACUGGACCAGUGAGAGCAGGGACAAAAGUGGCCCAGUGAUGAUCAUCUUAUCCACAGACACUGAACUUAAAGGUUACAUCCCUGUCAUUCUGGGAUUUCUGAGCAGAGUUAUUAAAAUCAUCUAUAAAAUCCAUUCAUUCAUAUUUCUUUCCUUGUUUCCUACAAAUCCUGGUAAGAGUGGAGGAGACUCAAGAGAAUCAGAACUUCAAAUUGUCCUUGUGGGGAAAAGAGGAGCUGGGGAAAGUUCAAUAGGAAACACUGUCCUUGACAGGGCAAAGUUUGAAUCCAAAUGUUCAGGAGGGUCAGUCACCAGCAUCUCCAAGAAAGCCAGAACCACACGGAAUGAAAUGGACAUCUCUGUUGUUAAUGCUCCAAGAAUUUUUGGUAUUAAUGCUGAUGUGAUAAGAAGUGUGAAAGAAGUAUCUCAUUUCCUGACACUAUCCUCUCCAGGAUCAUAUGCAGUAUUCCUGGUGCUGCAAGUGGAUCAUUUUGCCAAGGAGGAGAGUUCAUUGGAGACUUUUUUAUAUAUUCUAAGAACUGAAGCAGUUAAGUUUUUGGUCAUUAUAUUCACUGGGAAAGAUAAACUAGGAGAAAAUAUAGGGGAUUACCUAGGAACCAUUGAUGACUCAUAUUUUAGGGAGCUGUUGGAAAAGUGUGAACAGCGAUACUGUGCAUUUGAUAAUGAUGCUAGAGGAUCCCAGAGAGAUGCCCAAGUUUCAGAGCUGAUGACCAUAGUUGAAAAAAUGGUGCAAGAUAAUGGGCACUACUCCAACUGUAUAUAUGAAUCUGUGGAAAAGCCCCUGCAGAAAAAGACAAAGUCUCAUCAGCAAGGCUACAUGGUGCAAUUUUAUACUAAAUAUGAUGAAAUCAUAUUGAAUUACAAGAAGCAAAUGCAAGAGUUAGAGAAGCAAAAGCAAAUGGGAGACAGAAAAAUCGAAAAGAAAGCAACAGAAGAAUUUGAGAAGAAAAAGUGUAAAUUUGCUUAUAAAAAGAAGAAAGAUUUAGCAAAAUUAAAGCUAAUGUACAAGAAAAAAUAUCAAAAUGCCUGAAAUGAGGUAGAGAAUGAUCCAAAUAUAUAUUGCUUUAGGCACACCCACAGUAACACAAACGUCAAAGCUCAGCUUGGUGAGGAAGAGAGAAAAGGUUGUGCCUUUUGGUUAAAUCCCAGUGCUGGAAUUGGACAGAAGACAACUUUUAGAUUUUUCUGGGAAUUCUUUGACUAUCCAGUGUCAUCCCCAGCAGGGUCACCCUUGCAGGAAACUGACACCUGA